AAAAAAGACAACCAAUUGACAUUUCAUUUCUCUUAUGUAAAUAACCAAAUCUUCAAAAUUUACCCAAAUCUUGAAAAAUACCUAAAUCCCUUCAACUUCCCAUAUUUUAUUGUUCUAUACAGCAUAUACACAACUCCAUUAAAAGCACAUCCUUUCUUGCUUCCCACCCCCUAAAAAGGAAGAACCCACUUUUCAUUCACUGUCAAUUUUCAUUCUUGUCCAACUUUUUUGAUCAAUUUUUCAAUAAAUUGAAUUGGGUAUGUUGUAAAGGUAGCAUCUUUUUGGGUUUUGCUGUGCUGAAGUUCAAAUUUUGUAUUCGGGGUUUCAAUCCGGGUCAGAAUUAAUGGACUAAAGCUGUGAAAUUCGUGUGUGCAGAAAUCAAUUGCAUUGAAUUUGCCAGAAGUUAUCUUUGCAUCAUGGGAUUGUUAUGACUAAAAUUCUUGCUGAUUUCGAGUUUCGACAAGUGGCUUAUAUGUGUAUAUAAGUUGUGGUGGCUGUGAGUUAAAUUGUUGAAGUGAGACAUUUCCUGCAUAUUUUUUUUUUAUCUUGUUGGGUUGUAAUGGGCUGUAACUGCUCACGCCUAUCGGAGUGUUGCUGGGAUCCAGGGCAUAAUGGAGAGAAACAAGAACCUGAUCAAGCGAAUGAGCAGAAGGGUGAGCCUGAUGGUUUGCCAGCAUUUCGCGAAUUCAGCAUUGAACAACUUAAGACGGCGACAUCUGGCUUUGCUGUUGAGAAUAUAGUUUCGGAACAUGGAGAGAAGGCACCCAAUAUUGUAUACAAAGGAAAGCUGGAGAACCAAAAUCGGAUUGCUGUAAAACGUUUCAACAGGUCUGCUUGGCCUGACGCUCGUCAGUUCUUGGAAGAAGCAAAAGCAGUUGGACAGCUGAGAAGCAACAGAUUGGCCAGUUUGCUGGGUUGUUGCUGUGAAGGUGACGAGAGAUUACUUGUUGCAGAAUUCAUGCCGAAUGAAACCCUUGCAAAACAUCUAUUCCAUUGGGAAGCACAGCCUAUGAAAUGGCCGAUGCGGUUAAGAGUGGCAUUUUAUCUUUCACAGGCCUUAGAGUACUGUACCAUUAAGGGACGUGCUCUUUAUCAUGAUCUCAACGCGUAUAGAGUUUUGUUUGACGAGGAAGGUGAUCCUAGACUUUCCUGCUUUGGUUUGAUGAAAAAUAGUAGAGAUGGGAAAAGCUACAGUACAAAUUUGGCCUUCACUCCACCCGAGUAUUUGAGGAAUGGUAGGGUGACCCCAGAGAGCUUGAUAUAUAGUUUUGGAACCCUUUUGCUUGAUCUGUUAAGCGGAAAGCACAUCCCUCCAAGCCAUGCUCUUGACUUGAUUCGUGACAGAAACAUUCAAACGUUGAUGGAUUCUUGCUUGGAAGGCCAGUUUUCGAAUGAUGAUGGGACUGAGCUAGUACGUUUAGCUUCUAGGUGUUUGCAAUAUGAGCCACGUGAGCGACCAAAUCCAAAGUCACUGGUUGCUGCCUUGAUUCCUCUUCAGAAGGAAACCGAGGUUCCAUCUCAUGUGUUAAUGGGCAUACCUCACGGUGCAGCAGAUUUAACUCUCUCCCCUCUCGGGGAAGCUUGCUCAAGAAAAGAUUUGACUGCCAUACAUGAAAUAUUAGAAGGUAUAGGGUAUAAAGAUGAUGAGGGAGCUGCUACUGAGCUUUCUUUUCAGAUGUGGACCAGUCAAAUGCAGGAUACGCUGACGUCUAAGAAAAAGGGUGAUGUUGCCUUUAGGCAAAAGGACUUCAAGAUAGCAAUAGAAUGCUACAGCCAAUUCAUUGAUGUUGGAACCAUGCUGUCACCAACAAUUUUUGCACGCCGUAGUCUGUGUUAUCUCAUGAAUGACAUGCCACAAGAAGCACUAGAAGAUGCAUCACAAGCACAAGUUAUAUCUCCAGUAUGGCAUAUCGCUUCUUAUUUACAGGCUGCUGCUUUAUUUGCUCUUGAAAGAGAGAAUGAAGCACAGCUUGCUCUGAAAGAAGGAUCAUCCCUUGAAAUUAAACGAGGUAGUACCGGAUAGUAGCUUUUUUGGGUAAUCAAUCUUCUUCGUUUUUCAUAUUGCUAUUACAGCAUCAAUGUACAUGGAGUAUUCAAAGAUCUUCAACCCGGUUUUUUUUUGUGUAAUCAUCAUUCUUUAAUAACACUACAGGGGUUAAUUUGGUUUAUUUAGCAGUUUGCUUUAGUGAGUUGAUUUGGUGUAACUUUCGCUUCUAUAGAGAUGAAAACUGUAUUGUACAGGUGAAUAUUGCUGCUGUUUUGUCGUACGAUGAUUGGAAAAUCCUUUAUUUUUGGA